AUGUUUGUCAUGCAAUUCCGAGCCUUGCAUAAGCCUGGCUGGACCGACGCAGAUGUCAAACAGUGGGAGAUGAAGAUGACCGAGGUUUUCCAAGGGUUGGACAUUUUUGAGCUUGAUACAAAAAAUUUUUCCGACCUUGUCAAAGUGUUUGCUUAUUCGCAGUCUUAUGUGGAGGACGAAAUGGUGAGAGGUGCAAGGAUUAUGAUUCCAUACUUGAGCGUUGGCUUUGUAAUUAUGUGCGCGUGCAGUAUAGUAUCAGUGAUGAGUAGAGCGUAUUAUAAACACCAACAAAACUUGUACAAGACAGCUUUGGCUAUCAUGGCCUGUCUCACACCGCUAUUAGCGUGUGCUACAGCACUUGCUGGAAUGUUCUUAUGUGGAGUACGAUUUGCUUCGCUAUUAUGCGUCGUUCCAUUUCUAGCGCUUUCUAUAGGUGUGGACUCCUCAUACCUAAUGAUACAUGAAUGGCAGAGAGUCACGGAACAAAGACGCGAAUCGCCCAGGAGAAAAGAUAGUGUGGGAGAACGCUUGAGCGAAUAUUCACUUGUGCGCCGCACUCCUCUACAGGUGCUUUCCGAAGUAGGUCCCGCCAUCCUGAUCUCAUGUUUGACCAACUUUCUCGCGGAUUUUGUUGGCGCAUACUUUUCAUCUCCAGAGCUCAGGCUUUUAUGCAUUGCUAAUAUGCUUUCCAUGGUCAUGGCAUUCAUAUAUCAG